ACGAGUGAGCGAAACAGCACGUGUGUUGCCGGUCUGAAGACGCUACGCUCGCCGUGUUUAAAUUACUUCACCUGUGCCGCUACGAGCGAUCGCGCACGAAUCGAGACUCAUCCGUACCGCGUGUGCUAGCAGCAGCUGCAGGCCAAAAUGUUUUUGAGACAGCUAGUGCCGCAAGUGAUUGGAUAGUUUAGACAAAUGUCGCUUCCUGUUUCCCAGGUGCAUGGAGAAACUUCACGAAGAUAAAAAGUGCUGCCCAACGCCCCGUCACAGUGCAUCGUCCGCAGUGUUUGCUUACUGUGGUGUGUCAUCUUUCGCUUCCGGUAAACCGAGAAUGUGUACGCUAACAUUAUAAUCAACGCAGUAGCCAGGAUUAGCAUUAUUUUGGAGAAAUCUUCGCUGACUGCCGGAUGUGCCGCUGUACGCUUGAAACCACCGUGUGCAAAGGAUAGUAGUGCCUGCCAUCGCCAAACUCUGCUGCAAUCGUAGUAACGUGCGUGUGUGUGUUGUCGUUAUAGCAUGUUCACCGAAAUGUGCGCGUCUUCUCUGUACGUUCGCAAACGUAUCUCUCGCUUCUCGAUGAAUUACAGUGAAUUAUAAGUGCAGAAAAGCCACACGCAGUUCAGUUUUAGGUAACGCCGGGGCAACAAAAGAAGAAGAAGAAGCCAAAAACGGUAAAUUCAGAUGAGUUGUGUGCGGCCAUCAUUAGCGAGCCAAAGCGUUGUUUGUGGUGCCCCCUGCGAGUGAGGCGAGAAAGUGAAGGGUCGCCAAUGAAAACAACGUGCUUUUCAUACCCAGCCCGUUGCAAUUUGAAAGUGCAUAUGCGUGUGCAUCACAAUAACCGUCAUCGUUAGAGUCAAUGCUUUUAACCGUCGGCCGUAGUAGGAAGCGGGGCCACCAAUUUCCCAUUUUACUACAUCGCUUUUGGCCAAUUUCUGGGUAGCGUUUUCAGUGGUCCUUUAACCAGGCCUAGCGGUAAACUGGAUAACUGCUUUCCCCGUCCGGCGCAGACCCUCUGCCCCUGUGUGCCGUUCGUUGGUUGUGUGUGCGCAGCAUGGCGUUCCCUUUUGCCUCCUACGCCACGAUGUAAUAAAGAUGUUCGUGUGAAAAUUUUGGGUGAAAUUUACUAAAGUGCGCGCGCGGCAUUGUAUUUUGUUGUUAAAGCGAAAAGCGUAAAGUAGGCAAACGCCACGGAAAGGAAACCAAGUGCCACAGAGAGCCGCUUCGGGUGCCAAAGCGAAACGAGCAAAGGAAAAGGGAAAAAAGUGCUAUAGCUAAAACGUGUUGGUAGUUUUUUUUUACUCGGCAUUUUUGUGCAGUAUGGAGAAGCACGAGCAGCAACAGCAGCAGUAGAGAGCUGCGCAAAGUGAGUGUGCGUAAGUGAGUGAGUCAGUGUGUGAGGGGAGGAGGUUGGUGUGUGCGUGCGAAGAAGAAGGAAGGGAAGGUGACGAGGGUGACCUGCAGUGAAACGCAGCGCAACGGCAAUCGAUCCUCCCGCCGAGAAACGGUCGAUCGGAUCGUGCGGAGGAAGCCAAGAAGAAUCGGUGACAGAAGUGACGUCGGCGGGAAACGGAAAGGCGAACAACCAACCAUUGCUCGCAUUUUUCCGUCUUAAGGUUUUUCUGUAUUUCGAUUUUUACUUUCUGCCGCCCAGCCCUGGCAGUUGGUUUGCUCGGCAAAAGUUUGGUGCUGCUUAUUGGAAUUUAAUUCGCAUUCCGUCUCGUAUUCGUCAAAGCUCGCACUCAAGCUGUAGCUUUACGCUUAGGCACAUACAAUGAAUUGGAUCUACAUCUUAGCCUGCAUAUAUGUAUCGUCACAAUUCCUGCUGCUCGAGGUUGCCGGUUUGGGACUGUUUGAGCUGGAGCUACGAUACUUUCAAAAUGAGAAAAGUAUCGACCACAACGAAAGGUGCUGCUCUGGAAAGGCGGAUGCGCUCGGUCGGUGCAUCGGAACCUGCAAAACGAGGUUCCGCGCUUGCCUGAAGCAUUACCAGGCCACAAUCGAUACGACAUCACCCUGCACCUUCGGUGACGUCAUAACGCCCGUGCUGGAAGGUACGACACUGAACUUUACAGCGAUCACUGGCACGAAGGAAGGCUUCGCCAAUCCGUUACGGUUUCCGUUCGAGUUCAAUUGGCCGGGAUACUUUACACUCAUUAUAGAAGCAUGGCACGACACAAACGAAACAACAACGCGAUCUCCAGGUACCCUAAUUUCCCGCCUCUCGAUCCAGCGCAUAUUGGGAGUUUCAACCGACUGGAUGGAAGACAGUUACAACUCAUCGCACACGAUGAUACGGUAUGCGUUCCGGGUGACGUGCGAUCCGAAUUACUACGGUGCAGGCUGUUCCAAUUUGUGCCGCAAGCGGGACGAUCAAUUUGGCCAUUACACCUGCUCACCGAUCGGUGAACGUGUUUGUCUGUCCGGCUGGCGGGGCGAAUACUGUACCAUUGCCCGAUGCACUCCCGGAUGCCUUCAUGGACACUGUAACAAACCCAACGAAUGCAAUUGCCAAUCGGGAUGGAAAGGUCCGCUGUGCGACGAAUGUGAACCCUAUCCUGGGUGCUUGCACGGCACAUGCAAAAAACCCUGGGAGUGCAUCUGCAAGGAAGGCUGGGGAGGGCUGUUCUGCAAUCAGGAUCUAAACUACUGCACCAACCACAAACCAUGCCUGAAUGGAGGCACCUGUUUCAAUACGGGUCAAGGUUUGUACACGUGUCAGUGCCGACCGGGCUACAAGGGUACAGAUUGUGAGCUGAAUAUCACGAGCUGCGCCGACGAACCUUGCCUGCAUGGAGCCACCUGCCACGACGCGAUCGAUGACGGCGAGACAUCGAUGGACGGCGAUGGGCGUAAAUACCAAUGCCACUGCGCAAAAGGCUGGAUGGGAAGGCAUUGCGACAGGGAAGCUAUCACAUGUGCCGAAAAGCCGUGCCAUAAGGGAACGUGCGUCGACGUGGUUCCUUCCUCCUCCUCGUCGUCCUCAACAACAUCCAACUUCCGGUGCGACUGUCCGCCCGGGUACAGUGGGACAGCAUGCGAGAUCAAAUCUGGUGAAUGCUAUUCCAACUUCUGUGCCAACGGUGGUACUUGUCACGUGGCCGGAUCGUCAGCCUCUUCCGCUUCUUCGCCGUCAUCAUCGUCAGCAUCAUCGUCGAUAGCAGCACUGUUUGGAUCGGGCAGCGACAACAACGGAAUGCUGAUGUGCCUCUGCCCAGACGGAUUUGUCGGUGAUCGAUGCGAGGAAAAUGUGGACGAUUGUGUCGGUAACCCAUGCUUGAACGGGGGCACCUGUGUCGAUGCGGAAAACCAUUUCAAAUGCCAGUGCGUACCGGGAUUCAUUGGAACGCACUGCGAGGAAAAGGUUGACCUCUGUCUCACGAAACCCUGCGCGAACGGUGGUAUUUGUACGAAUCUAGAGAACGACUACCGGUGCCAGUGUCGCGCCGGCUUCACUGGUAAGGAUUGCAGCGCCGAUGUUGACGAAUGCAUUUCGGCCCCGUGCCGCAACGGCGGUACCUGCAUAAACAGGGUGAACAGCUAUCAAUGUGUCUGUGCCGGUGGUUACCGCGGUCAGUCUUGUGAGGAAGAGUCAUCCUCCGCUGUUCAAAGGGAUGCGGCUGUGGACGGUGCCGAGAUCCGUCACCACCAUCAUCAUCCACAGCAGCAGCAGCGAUAUAGCGGUGUGGACGGAGUGGACAGCAACAGUCGCCAUGCCGAUGGACUGAGCAGCGGUCAAAUAGUGCUAAUAGCGAUGUUCUCGAUUUCGACCCCACUGUUGGCGUUUAUCGCGACGACGAUCGUUAUCUGUCUCAAACGCAAGCGCCAAAGAGAGCAGGAAAAGGACGACGCAGAGGCGAGAAAGCAGAACGAACAAAAUGCGUCCCAUAAUCUAUCCGCCUCGUCACACCAUCACCACCACCAUCAUCUGCAACAGCAACAGCAGCAACACCAGCAGCAACACCAGCAACAUCAUCAGCAGUCUUCGUCGUCAGCCGCUGCGCAGGGUGGCCUGCUUCAUGCAACUUCCCAGCAGCAACAGCAACAGCAACAACAGCAACAGUACCACAAUGGGUUUCACAAUCACCUCCAGGCCUCGGGCCAGAAACGAAACAGUAGCAAUACGCUCUCAAAUUUUGACAGCUCGCAUCAUAUGAUUAAAAACACCUGGGAUAAAAGCAUCAACAACAUGCCUGCUCCGCCGACGUCAACUAGUGGUGGUGGUGGUGGUGGUGGUGGUGGCGGAGGUAACGCCAGCGGUGGUGGCUGCAGUGCAAAUGGUGGUGCCAGCGUCGGGCCGGCAGCACUGUUGCUUGGCGGUGGCGCAUCGUUGGACGACAACAGCUGUCUCAUGGCCGCGACAGCUGUGGGUGGUGGCGGUGGUGGUGUUGGUGGCGCCGGUGCUGGUAGCGUUGGCAAUGGAGCCGGUGCUUUACUUUACCUAAGCGGUACCGAUGAUGUGCCACCGAUAACGUCCUGUUCGACAUUGCAACGUGCCAAAUCGCAGAAGCAGCUCAAUACCGAUCCAUCGCUAUUGUUGCAGCAGCAACAGCAACAGCAGCACCAAAACCAUCACACAUCGAUGCUGGCGCAAACGGCAGCAUCCCUUCAGCAUACCUCAGCAAACGGCGCGCCAGUCGGUGCCGGUGCGGUUCUGUCGUCUUCGGCUGCAGUGUCCUCUGUAGGCACGGCUUGCAGCAAUGCUAGUGGGAAAGAAUUGUUCGAUAAGCGCAUAUCGGUUUUGUCCGAAUCGGGACGAUUAUGCCAUUCCCGGUGGAACGCAGCCGCCCCGGCAGGCGUCGUGGGAGGAAGUCAUUCAGUUGUAGGACCAUGCAGUCCUCCACACAUUUAAUCACUAGCGGGGAGGGGGGGUGCGGGGGGGGGGGGGUUUGGGCUGUAAGUUAUCGGUAGCCGGAGAAGGCUGCUCGUUCCAAUAUAUCUUCAUUGCAACCAAAAGAGAUUUAGGGAAUGAUCGCCGCGCCUCUACCACAUAUGCGCAAUCGGCCAGAUUUUUGUGUUUAUGAAGCGAGGGAGCACAAUUGUAGCCACACCGCAAAUUGACCUUCAGAUUUGCAGGAACAUAGCCUUCGGGUUUUACUGAACAUCUGGGUGUGUGUAAAUAGUUUAUUUUUGGUUUUUUUUCUCCUAAUGAUUGGCAUUUUUAGAUGGUUAGAAGAAAAUCGGCACUUGCUUGGACGAUUUGCUAACAAGUCACACUAUAUAUUAGCCAGCGUAAUAUUUGGCUAGACAGGAUGUGUCCUACGAUCUCCUUAGUGGCGCUUAUCGAGAAGUUUUAGAUUGAUAAACUAUUUUCUUUAUUUCUAUUUUUAUGAUUUGUUUUACCGCACUCAGCGCAUAAAAUUUUAAACGUUAUUUUAAUUUUUCUACUCCCUUUGUCUUUCUUGUAUGCAUACCUUCACCGAAGGUAUAAGAGUCACUAUUUGCAUAUUGCAGAUUGAAAAUGCAACUAAGCUAAAUCGAGAAAACGGUUUCGCACUGUGACACACGGUAUUGGUGAUUUUUUUUCCCUCGCUUGGCUUCGAUACAUGAACAUUAAUUGUGAAGUAUUUCCAGAUGGCAGCAUUUUAUCCAACUGGAUAAAAAAUGCGAUUGUUAGAGGUUUACGCGUGGGAAUUGUGUGCUUCUUGUUCCAUUAUUUUACAAAUCAAAAGAAAAUAGGUUCACUUGUUCGAUUUCUCUCUCCCAUACAUUCACACAAAAGUGUGUAAAAGCAAAGGUUUAAGCUCACCUCGGGUACUUCGGAUAUUGUAGCAAACUCGCAUUUUCAUGCAAUGAAACUGUUCCUGCCCAAAUGCGCCCAUUUUUGGUACUUUCUGAUACAAUGAACAACGCCGAUGAUCAGACGCACAUUGCUCUAUGGCUAAACGUCUGCAAUGUGAGUGUUUUGUUUUGCUUGUCUCCCGACUUCAAAUGGCCAGUAGAUACUUAUUGCGGCGAGUAUUACUCUUAAAUGCACUGUUGUUGCUCUUGCAUAUCUUUCACCAUUGAACAGAGUCAGUUAACUAUAAGGAUAAUGGUGUUGUUUAUUUGCAUGUGUCAUGCUACUAAUGUUACGAGCCAGAACGCAGCAAAGAGGACGAUAGGGAAGUUAUGAAUAGGAAUCAUGAACCGCUGUGUGCGUGUGUGUGUGUGUGGUGGUUCACAAUCUCGCAGAGUUGUAUUACUAGAACGGAACGAAUCGUGGGCGCAGUAAGCAGAUUGAUUGCGCAAAUAGAUGUACCCCGCUUAUCUCGAUCCUUUGCCAUGUAACGUGUUAUGUUUAACUAUGUAGAAGAAUAUCAUACCAUAACUCAUUAUACAAUGCAAAACUGUAAUUAUUGAAGUUCUCUCUAUUUUAUUCCUUGUACGUGUACUAUCUAAGGAAGAACGUUUGUUAAAUUAACAAUACUUUCAUACGUGUUACGGAAAUGCGAAGCCAGGAAAGUUCGUGUUUUUAGUUUUGUGAUUAUAUUUAAAAUUAUUCACCUUUACAGCAGAUUCGUGUUGAUUGAUCGAUACCGUUUUUUGUUCAAACACGUGCACAAUCGUUGCUCUCUUUUAUUGCGCUUUUAAUUAUGGCGCAGCUAAUAUGCAACAACGAAUGCAAGGUUCGGCCAGAACACUAAUAUUUACAUUUAAUCUCAACGAAUGUAUUUAAAUAGAGUAGCGUUUAUGGAGGAUUGGCUGCCACACUCGAACCAAAUUAGUUCAAUGAUAUUGAACGUACAAAAUAUACGCGAUGAUUCCAGGCGUGGCAACCGAAGUGGCUACCGCUCUUUCAUGCAGACACUUUGCGAGUAUCGCUCGUUAACAUUCUUGCUGUUUUCCAUUCUCCAGCUGAUGCACACCUCACAGCAUGAAACUCAACAGCUUUUGGUAAAAAUAAAUAGAUAGCAGGCCCCAUAAGCUCCUUUUUUGUGGCAAAAAUGUGAUACUGUGUAGUACGUAAUGAACCUCUUGGAGUUAAUGGAUCGUGACAAUUGUAAUGAUGCUUCAUAAGAUGAACAACAGACGGAAAGUCAGCGAUGUGCAGGGCAAGCUGGAUGAUGAUACCACCCCACAAAACAAUACAAGCGAGACACAAGCUAUCGAAAUAAGCCCGGAAGAAAAAAAAAACGAAACCUAAGUCAAUUAUAAAAACGGCUAAACGCAAAAACCAUCAAACACAAAUAAUAACAGUGGCAUAUAACCGCCACCAACAAAACACCUGAUCAAUCAAUCAAUGUCUAACUCAACCAUCCAUCCAUGUAGUAAAACAACGGCCAACAGUACUAGAACUAUAUCUCUAUAUAGUUGUAAGGGAACGAAAUGACUGAACUAAAAUUGUACAUUUUUUAGUAGAUAUUAUUAUGGUAUUGUCCAGCGAUGUAAAGGUUAUUAUUUGACCUGUUAUGGUGACUGGCGCCGACGAUACUCCACCGGAGUCGGAACUGUUGUAUGCGGCAACCAUCGACCACACGUCCUACAUAUCCUAUUGCGCUGUGGCGUAUCAAUCUCUGCGUAUAUCCCUGUACACAUCUCUCACAAAACGUGCAUAGUAGAGCUUUAGACAUAUAUACAUAUAAAUAUACAUCUAUACUUGCCUUCAAGUGUCUAUUGUACGUGAUAACGAAUCCUAGCAGAUGGCGGGGAUAUAUAGUGUACAGCAGCAGUACAUCAGUAUAGCGUUGUGCGUUGUGCAGUACGAACAAAACAAAAAAGAACAAACACACACACACAGGAGUAGACAGGUGUGAAAACUAAUCGGACGGAACUAUUUUGUGUAGAAAAACAAACAAGGUGUAUAUUGCAAACCAAAACAGUCAAAAGAAAACAGCCAAGUAGUUGUUUCGUCGGUCGUCAGUCGAUGUACCAGACGGACCAGCACCUGAACCGAACAGUGUCAGUGUACAGUAUAACUAUUCGUAUGAGUAACUACUAGCGUGUAAGCGUAAUUGUAUAGGAAGUAAUUUUAUAACCGUGGAUGGCGGCGUGUAAAUUAUAAGACCACAGUUUGGUUGUUCGGAACUUGCGUUCUGAUUGUUCUAAUCUAAUUACGAAUAAAAACAUGAAAACAAAUCGAA